AUGCACAGUUCUCUGUUUCACGAUGUUUGUCUACGCGAACUUUAUGGGAAUAAAUGGACUAACCAGAAGCGGAUUCCCGAAAUUGGCAUAGAGUUCUUUGAAUGCCGCUCAUCACAGUCUUUUCGGCUGCAUUCCAUGCUGGAUGGGAGCGCCCCUCCAUUCGCUUGUGACUUUUCUCCGAGUAAGCUCCAUUUCGUGCUGACCUCUUAG